CGGCUAUUAACGUUAUCCUGGUUUAUCCCCCCCCCCACCUCAUACAUUUGCAAAGUGGGUUCCAAGCCUAUAUCUGACUACAUUGGCGAAAUAAGUUAUAUCAGUCUUCGAUAUCAUUUUCAUUUAUCACUAUGGGAGAUGAUGCUGUCCUCAGGGUCCCACCCACCCACGAGAUUAUCAUUGUUCCCCCUCCCGAGCACCAAGGUCACCAUACCCUCCUCCAGCAGUGCAUCCAAGUUAGGAUCGCCGUUUUCGUCACAGAACAAGGGUUCCCUUUGGAAGUCGAAGUAGAUGAACAUGAUCCGACUGCGACUCAUUGGUUGUUAAGAGUUUUACCGUCUCUUGAGUCUAUAGGGACAAUCCGUGCCUACAGAGUGGAGAACGCAGGCGGCUCAUAUUACAAACUAUCGCGACUCGCUGUUCUACAGGAAUACCGACAUUAUAAAUUCGGUCGCAAUCUUGUACUAGCAUUGCAUAAUUGGGCAGAAGUUCAUGCCAGAAACUCAGGGGUAACUGACUAUGUCAAGAUAGUCUGUCACUCACAAGCAGCCCGUGCAAAUUCGGCUGGUGCUAUAGCCUUCUAUCGCAAGCUUGGUUAUAAAGAAGAGGGCGAUCUGUUCGAUGAAGAUGGUGAACCACAUCAGAAGAUGGUCGCCCGAUUGUCAUUAGCAGAGUAAUUGAUUACAGCGUUCGUGUACUCCUGUACUAGAUGGAAGAAGGUAUAGAACAUGAUAUACUAGGGGGGGAAUCUACCGAUACACAUGAGGAAAAACAAGGUCGUAAAAAGCA